AUGCGGCUAAGGUGCAGCCGUAGAUCUAAAGCGUCAAAACUAUUUUCGCUUCAUCUGAGCCAUUCGGAGUCCGUUUCUGAUGAUCCAAUAUUGCUUUCCAACUAUUUAGAAUAUUCCGGACACAUCUCCUCACAAGAUUUGUGGGAGUUAGUGAAUCAAGGAUAUGACGAGCCAGCUACUCUCGAAGAUGAAGGAAAUUUAAAUGAAGCUCAGAAGACGGCAUUAAAAGAUUCAAGGAAGAGAGAUAGAAAGACCUUGUAUCUACUCUAUCAAGGCAUUGAUGAGUCAAGUUUUGAGAAGAUUUCAGUAGUAGAAACCUCUAAAGAGGCAUGGAGUAUUCUUCGCAAUUCACACUGUGGAAUUGAGAAGACGAUCAGAGUUCAACUUCAGGUGUUACGUGCCGAAUUCGAGAUACUGCACAUGAAUGAGAAUGAGUCAAUUUCUGAGUACUUUAAUAGAACAUUGACCAUUGUUAAUCAGAUGAGAAGAUAUGGAGAGAAGAUGGAAUCUCUUCAAGUGAUAGAGAAGAUUCUACGAUCACGCAGUUCCAAGUUCGAGCACGUGGUUGUAGCAAUAGAAGAGUCCAAAGAUCUUAGUGCCAUGACCACCGAUGAGUUGAUGGGCACACUUGAGAUUCAUGAACAAAGGAUCAACAAGAAGACUCCCUCAAGUUCUCUAGAGCAAGCACUUUAA